GCGAGAACGCGCGCGGCGGGUGCGCGCCCUCCGCCGGCCGGCGCCCCUUCGCUCCCUUCCUUGGCCCGGGCGACGAUGCCUCCCGCCUCACGGCAGGGGCGGCGCCCUGAGCCGCCUCCUUCCUCCUCCUGCUGCUGACUAUGGCGGGCAGCCUGCGGCAGGUCGCUCUGGUGGGGACGGCGGUUGCUGUUGCCGGCGGGGUCGCCUACGCGGUGUGGAGGAGCUAUUUCCCCUCAGAAGCUGCUCAGGGGCCCGAGGAGCAACAGCAACAGCAGCAGCCCUUACUCAGCUCUCAAGAAAGGGCCGCCCUGGGCUGCGCAAGGGCCCCCGAGAGCCAGGAUGUCCCACCAAGUAAGCAAAUCCUGGUUCUGGGUUUGGAUGGAGCUGGAAAAACCAGUGUGCUGCACUCACUAGCAACUAACCAAGUGAAGCGCAGCACAGCUCCCACGGAAGGCUUCAAUGCAGUGUGUGUCAGCACAGAAGAAAUGAAGAUGGAAUUCCUAGAAAUUGGAGGCAGUGAGUCUUUACGGGACUAUUGGAAGAAGUACUUGCCAAGAAUCCUGCUACUAAUCUAUGUUGUGGACUCAGCAGAUCAUGAACGCUUGCCUGUUGCAAAGAAGCUUCUGCAUCAGUUGGUCCAGAGUAACUCCACCUUACCUCUUAUGAUUCUAGCCAAUAAGCAGGAUAUUGAAGGUGCAUACUGUAUCACAGACAUUCAUGAUGCUUUGGCAUUAUCUGAAAUUGGAGAUGAGAGAAAGAUGUUCCUGAUCGGUACUCACGUAGCAGAAGAUGGCUUCGAGAUCUCUUCCAGCUUGAAAGACACACGGGAACUGAUUGCACAGCUGGUGUCAGAAGUUGUGUGAUGGAAACUGGAAUAGGGUACCAUGUUAGGACCUAGAGUAUUCCUGUCUUGCCAGCUUGCAGUCAUAAAUAGAGCUAUUUUAAAUUCAGAUCUUAUGAUGCUGAUGGUGGUGGUGGUGAUUCCUUGGGUAUGGAAUUGCAAUGAAGAUGAUUUCAAAGUCGUGAGGAACCUUGUGGUUUAAGUUGUAAAAGUAGAGUAUGUGUGUCUUUGAAAAACCACCCUGUUUUAAACAGGUGGAAAGAAAAUGGGAUUAUUGAACACUCCCAAGUUAAGACGCCAAAUACUGUAUAGACAACUGCUGUUGCCAUCAGUUAAGGCUCUGUUGUGUGGUGGUUUAUACUGAAUGAGAGGCUGACUUAUGGAAAAGCAGCACAAAUUUACAUAGGAAGGUGAUUUUGCUCAGAACGUAGAUCUACAAUCCAAAGAACUAGUUGUGUGUACCCUGACACAGGGAGGCACUGGGUUUCAUGUUUCUGAAGAACUUCAUGUAUGUUUUCUCUUAGGCUCACUUUCUUAAUCAGAAGGAUUUUUUAAAAAUCAGUGUAAGAGAUUUUCCUAUUCUUUUGAUUCUGCAAGACUCCCCCUAUUCAUUUUCUUCUUUCUGAUAUGUAGAUUGAGUGUAUUAUAGCCUCUUUUUAUAGAGGGUUUUGACAUAAAAUUGUUCAUUCAGAGAACCAUGAGACUUCCCAGUUCACUCACCUGUUUUCUUUGCCAUGAUGAAGGGAGUGAGAGAGAGAGGGAGAUCCCACAACCCCUUCAUGGCCUCUCUGCAGAAUAAUCCCAGGGAAAAACAAUAUCUGAACAGAACCACUGUCCUUAACCCUUAGUAUUUUCCUGCUUUUGUUAACUAGUAGUACUGGGGAAAUCUAGACAAAGACAUAAUGAAUUGUUGGGCUUUUCUUGUAGUCUGCAUACUUUAGUGUGGCCCUUUUGGCCAGUUGAUCUGAGUGGAGCUGGUGAGUCAGUUAAUUAGCUAACUGGCCAUUUUUCUCUGCACUGAUAAACAGAAGGGAUGGCAUUCUUGCUUUUUGAUUGAGACUCAGGGGAGGACGUUUUACAAGGAUUUCUACUUCUUUGCCAGCUCUGUGGCAAGAGGACAGGAAGAGCCAUUUCAGGGAGAGAGCAAAGACACUGGCAAAGGGAUACCCUAUCCUCUGUUGAGAGCUCAAGGGGAUGAGAAUGGAGGAAGCAGAAUUGCCAGCCAAGCUUGCUUGACCUCUCAAUUUAUUCUGGGCUGCAUUGGGCAGGGGACAUCAUGCCACUUAUUUACUAAUCAGGGCUCAAUGAACUUUUGUUUGGAUCUGCUGCCAUCGCAUACAAUUUCACCCUGAAAAUGGUAGCUUCCCCCUCAUAGGUCCAAAACACUGUUAUCAGGUGCCAGCAUUAGUAAAACAAAAUUCAUUCUCCCUCCCCGUCCCCCUGUUUAAUUUCUCAGGUGAUGUUAAUGCAGACCAACCUGUAUUGACAAUGACAAGAUAAGGAAAACUACUUAAAUACUGUACCUCUUAUUACACUGAAGGAAAUACUGUGUGUACAUAUAUCCCUAUUGGUAUAGAUGCCUUUCAAUGUUUUUGUUAACAGUAGAAAUUGUACAGAUGUUUUCUAGCAAUGUCUCCCCUCCAGUUGUAUGCUGAAGCACUUCCGUUAUAUAAAGACAGAAUAUUUUUAUUCUA